CCCUGGGCGGGUCGUGAAAACAACAGACAUCACGUGAAUUAACGAUGGUUCUAUCGAAAUUAACUCGCUCAGCCAGUGUAUAGUUUUCCACCAGAUUCAUCUGCCAGCAAUCUUUAAUAAAUUAAACCAAGAGACUUCGGCGCCACAUAGUCAUUUUGACAAUUCAGUUGGGCGUUGGAUUUUAGAUUUUUACGGAUUCAGAUCUACUGUCUAGAUAAAAAAUACCAUCAUAAAAAUGACGGAAUAUUGGUUAAUAUCAGCCCCAGGUGACAAAACCUGCCAGCAGACCUGGGAAACAAUGAACAACCUAACAUCAAAGCAGCACUCGCUGUCUGCAAACUACAAAUUCCACAUCCCAGACCUAAAAGUCGGUACUUUGGACCAGCUAGUAGGGUUGUCAGACGACCUAGGCAAGUUGGACACCUUCGUCGAGCAGGUAACGCGCAAAGUCGCUGUCUACUUAGGCGAAGUCCUCGAGGACCAACGUGACAAGCUCCACGAAAAUCUAAUGGCCAACAACAGUCAGACAUCAGUGGACGAAGAAAGCCCAAGCCCCGAAGUACCUACGAUCGGGACGCCGCCAAACACACCCGUGACGCCAACGUCGAAGGCGCGUGACCACCAGAACCACAACCACCACCAUCACCAUCACCACCACCACCAUAACCAUCAUACCGACUUGCCGAAGCUCUGGAAGGAGACGGACUCGGGGCCAGCCAGCCUAGGUCAGCAUCACCAGCACUUCCAUUUCUCCCCGACCACAACUACCACUUCCAGCUCCUUCUUCUGCUCCUCUCAUGAUAAGAAAAAAUCCGUUAGUACCAGUAGCAGCGACAAUACCAAUAAAUCAACUUCAAACGAGUCUUCAUCUAUUUAUUCAUGCUACCAAGUCCAUUGGUGUGCUAAUUCCGCUUCAUCAUCGCCCUCACCCCCACUCUUACCAUCCACCGCGUCUCCGCUGUCUCCAACCUGGUCAGUCUCGUCUGUCAGCGACCAUGAGGAUGCCUUUGGGUCCAGUAAAAAAAUUACCGACCGAAAAGUUACCGACGGUAAAAUUACCGACCGUAGAUCUAAAAAAUUCUUCAGGAGGAAGUCUUCUAAGAGGAAGAGUGCCAAAGCUGCGGACGAUCACUGUGCUAAGGAGGAUCAACACCUGGAUGAUGAAGUUCAAGAAAAAAGCUGCGAAAAGACUGCCGAUAAAGAAGAGUGUGAUGUUGAUAAAGAAGAGCUGGAUGAUGAUGAUAUUGAUGAUGAUGAUGAUGAUGAUGAUGAUUUUGGGGGCAUUCUUUAUCCAGGUACCCAUCCCGACAGCCUCGACAACCGAUUGGACCCUUGUACUAUUGUGAUAACCUGAAUUCCUGUCCGGUCACUCAUUUUGUUAGUCCUUCAUGAGCUUACGUGAAGCAUUUGUUUUUAUUCUAUAUUAUCGACCGCCGGUAUAUUUUAUAUAUUUAUAAGGAAGCCCAAUCGACUGUCGAUAAGGAUACUCCAAUUAUUUAUGUUUGAGUACACUGCACGGAUUUUCACGACGCUUGAGCUU